AUGGAAAGGGAGAAGGACAGAUUUGGAGCUGAAGACUUUGCGCAAGGUCUCGAGGUUCUGGACAAUGAGAUGGGCAAGGAUGACUGGCUGAUCGCCUUCGCACCCAUCACCCUCAUCUCGACGGGGGGAUUCCUCGCGACCAACUUCUUUCGGAAUCGAGAGAGCACGGGCGACAUAGACUAUCUCCUGGAGCCGCAAUGGGCGCACGACAAUGACAUCAAAAAGCCAUUACAGAGUGCCAUCACCCGAGCCGCCCGACACCUGGGAUUCAUCGACGACUGGGUAAACGAGGAACUCGCCUUUUUCGUGCCCGACCAAUUCCGGCAGCUCCUCUUUGAAAAGGCUGAGGAGCAGAAUAUUGUUUUGUGGGAAGGCACACAUCUUCGGGUUCUUGCCGUGCCCUUGGAAUGGGCACUUGAGCGGAAGCUACGGCGCAUCCAUAACAGCAGAAGGCAUACGAAACGAGCAUCUGAUGUCGCGGACGUGCUUGCGAUCUUGAAGCAUCUGCGGAUGCAGAAUGAUGCGCCGUUGGAUAGAGAGUAUAUCCGAACCCUGAAUAUCUGCUCCUUCGAGAUACCCCCUGAUCAGGCAACGAUGAAUGAGAUUGCUACUGCUUAUCGAGAGCAAUAUAACGAGGAAGCGUUUUCCUGA